GCCUCCUCCCCGCCGCCGGGCGUCGCCUCAUUACCCCAAGCCCGGGACUUCUAGGCCCGGGCCCUCCCAGCGGUGCCCGGGAGCAGGACACGAAGGAGGCGCCCGGUGAAGGCGGACGAGAGCUGUCCAACUCCCCCUUAAAAAAAAAAAAAGGCAAAAAAAUCACUUUCCAACCCCUUGCCUGGAUCGCAAACUCCUACUUAUCCUUCAAAAGACACGGGCCAGCAUCGCCUCCCUGGGAAGGUUUCCAGCUUCUCGCCUCUCAGGACUGGCAAGGAUCUGCCAAGGCAAUUUCCUUUGACUUUAGUCCAGGUCACAUUCCCAGCAUUGAACCCCUUUACCGUUUCUGAUGCCUCCACGGCACUGUGAGUUCCCAAGAGCUUGGCUCUGGAAUUGGAUUCCCUGGACUUCCUUAGCUACGUGUUUUGCUCAAGAAACUUUUGGGAAACAGUACAAACAAACUAUAGGACUGGAUUUCUUUUUGAGAAGGAUAACAUUGCCAGGAAACUUGAAUGUUACUCUUCAAGUUUGGGAUAUAGGGGGACAGACGAUAGGAGGCAAGAUGUUGGAUAAAUAUAUCUAUGGAGCACAGGGAAUCCUCUUGGUAUACGAUAUUACAAAUUACCAAAGCUUUGAGAAUUUAGAAGAUUGGUAUUCUGUGGUGAAGAAGGUGAGCGAGGAGUCAGAAACUCAGCCACUGGUUGCCUUGGUGGGCAAUAAAAUUGAUUUGGAGCACAUGCGAACAGUAAAACCUGAAAAACACUUGCGGUUUUGCCAGGAAAAUGGCUUUAGUAGCUACUUUGUCUCAGCCAAGACAGGAGACUCUGUCUUCCUGUGUUUUCAGAAAGUUGCCGCUGAAAUCCUUGGAAUCAAAUUAAACAAAGCAGAAAUAGAACAGUCACAGAGGGUGGUAAAGGCAGAUAUUGUAAACUACAACCAGGAACCGAUGUCAAGAACCGUUAACCCUCCUAGAAGCUCUAUGUGUGCAGUUCAGUAAGAGCAGUUGCCCUUCGUAUUGAUAGCUCUGGCUGCCCUUCACCUCGGUGCGGGACUUCUAGGAAGUUUUUUUUAUCAGUGACCAUCUCUGUAGUUCAGUUAACACUUUCCUCUCAGCUUGCUUCAUCAGCAAGUGUUGCCUCCCAGCCCCAGGCAGCCCUUCGGACUGGAAAGAAUUCAACUCGGGACCACACACUUUGAAUUCCAAAUGGAAAGCCUAUUCUCUGGAGUUUGACUGCUUCAGUGAAAAAGAAUGAAGUUGGUUCUCUUUAUGUCCAAACUUUUUUUUGGCCUUGAUGUAAAUUGUUCAACCACAUAUGAAAACUAUCCAAGUCUUGAUUAUCCAGCCAGGUAUAUUGCCACAGCAGUUUCCUUCUCUUAUCUGAACUCAUACAUGGCAAAGUAUACUUCAGAGUGCAAACAUUUAAGCAAGUCAUAUAUUUUAUCUACAGAUACUUAAGAAGACAUUCUUUUGCUAUCUAUUGUGAGUGAAAACAUAUAAAGCUGUAUCUAACUGAAAAUGCUUGAAAUAAAGCCGUAAUAGAAAUAUUUUUUUCAUUUUUUAAAAAAAGACCCUAAACUGUUUAUACUUUAGUAGCUUGUAACUCACAAAGUAGUGAGUAUUUGAUAUUGUAUUUUUUAUUACUGUAUCAUGGUCAUUAUGUAUUCUGUGAUACUCAGGUUAGACGGUUUUAUGCAUUUUGAUAAAUGUUCAGCUGAUGCUCCAGGUGGGAUUUCUCCUGCAGACUGCCUACAAAUACUUCCAGGAUGAGUUAGGACAGAUUGCUGGAUCAUCGUGGAUCAGACUGGACCUGACGUGCAGAUGUUUCUCUCCCACAAAUAAAUUUAUUGAAAUUA